ACUUGUUAUAAACAUCACAAUGGAGCCGGCAGAGUUACAAAAACAACCACAACCUCGCAGCUAUGAGCAAAAAGUCAAUGAAAUGCAAAAAAUGCUUCCCCGCUUAGAGCAACGGAUUGCAAAUGCAGGCGUAGAAAAAGAAAACGAAGAAGAAUUGCACAAAUUGAAAUUACUACAGCGCGUUUUGUGUGGGCAGGCAGCUACUGCUGCCGAUGAUGGCAGUUUUACUAUUGAGGAACUGGAUAAAUAUGCAGAACUACUAGGGAAUGGAUUGGCAUUACCGACAACGAGAGUAGAAAUGGUGAUGCCGACUGCGUCGUUUGCUGUUAAUGUGACAGACGAUAAGUGUGAGGCAGCAAAUUUGGAAGCCAAAGAAAAUGUGGAUGACAGUAAUGCGAAAAAUCAACAUAAUCUAGAGGCCAUAGCUUACAACGACAAACUUAUUAGAAAAACUAAUGUUAAAGACACUGAAGAAUUUCAAAAAUUGUGCGAUAAUAAACAAAUUGAAAGCUUUGAGAAAGAAAGUAACAGUAUUACAAAAGCUAACUCAACAAAUUGUGUCGAUUUGGAAAGGGCAGAAGAGGGCAUCUGUGAAAUAGCAAGUGAGAGUCUCAAAAAAAUUAGUAAAAUCUCUGAAAAAGAAAUGACAAGAUCUGUAGGAGAUGAUAAAACAAUUGAUAAAGAAAGUUGCGUAAAUGAGACUGAAACUGGAGCAAAAAAAGAUGAAAUCACUGAAAAAGAAAGAGAAAGCUUUGAAAGUUUUACGGAAAGCUCCGUUACAAGCAAUGCAAAGCGCGAUCAAAGAAGCAAAAGCUUUACAAAAGAUAGUAAAUUCGUUGAAAAUGAUAACUGCGUUAAAACGCUGGAAACGUUAGAAGAAAGUAAAAAAUUCGAAAAAGGAAAUAAGAGUACAACAAUUGGUAGCUCAAGUCCAGAAAAGAGAGGUGAAAACUCGAGCUCUGAAGAGAAGAAUAAAAGCUCGAGCUCUGAAAAGAAGAAUAAAAGCUCAAGCUCUGAUAAGAGAAGUGAACGCUUAAGUUCUGAAAAGGAAAUGGAACGGUCAAGUUCUGAUAAAAAAGAAACCAAAAACUUAAGUUCUGAAAAGUCAAGCGAAAGUUUAGAUUGUGGAAAAGAAAGUGAAAGCUCAAGUUCUAAACCGGAAAGUCAAAGCUCAAGCUCUGAAAAUGCAAAUAAAAGUUUAUAUACCAAAAAGGAGAGCGAAAGUUCGAUAAAAACAAUUGGGAUUUGUGGUAAUCAAAUUGUAAGCUCCGAACAAUCAACUGAAAGCUUGGACGAAGCGAUUGCGAUGUCUGAAAAACGAAAUGAAAAUACAACAGAAAGCACUGAAUCCGUUAAUGUGAGCUCGAAAACAAAUACCGCGACUCAAUUUGAUUCAAGCGAAAGAAAUUCAAAGUCCCCCGAAAAAGAGGACUCCGCGGUUGCAUUUGAAGAAACUGAAAAAUAUGAUAAAAGCUUAAGACAACCCGAAGACAAACAAUCAGCACUUGCAAGAGAAUUUCCGAGCGACGCGGAGGAUCCUGAAGAUAUAGAAUAUGAAGAAGUUGAACUGAUCAAAAUUCCAGAAGGUACUGCCGAAGAUGAAAUGAUCUUACCAGACUCAGCAGAUGAAGCAGAAUACAAUGCACCUUCUAGUGAUGAGGAAGAGGUCGAGCAAGGCGAGGUCGCUGAGGUUGAAGAAGAUGACAGCCAAAAAUGUGAAGAAAAUAUUAAGACCGUUGUUGCUGAAGCUGAAGAAAACGUUUCAAAGAGUUGCACGAGAAGUGAAAAUGAUUCAAAUGAACUAGAAGAAACGACACAAGACACCAGUAGUACUAAGAAUUUAGAAGAUUCUCAGGAGCGGAUUGAAAACUAUAAAGCAGAUAGUAGCGCUGAAGAGGAAGCAAAAACACACCAUGAUGAGAAUGAAGAAAGUAAUAAUACAACCACAGAUAGUCCUUUACCCGUAGAGUUUGCCAUCGAAAUGGAUAACCAAAUUGAAACCCCGACAGAACUCGAAGAAACAACUCACACUGACGAUCCACUAAGUCAAGUUGACAGUCUUUUGGACAACGAAAUAGAAGCGAUUAAUAAACACGUUGACGAAGCAAGUGCAGGGUCUAGCGUUAAUAUUCUGGAAAUGACGCGAUCAGAGUCUUGCGGUGCAGCUAAAGCAAAUACAGUUCAGAUGGAAGACGACGAUGAUGUGGAGAUCAUCGAGACACGUAAUUCGCCUAUUUGUUUGGAUACCGACGAUGAGGAUGAAAAGUUGGCCUGUGUGAUGCCUUUCGCUGAUAAAACACUUAUACGAUCAAGUACAGUUACGGUUACUCUGCAAAAAAAUGCCAUGAGAACACAACGACAACACAUAAAAAAUACCAACGCACGAGCUAUUCCAGCCAAUACAAUUAAAUCAGUCAAUUCCAUAACUGAGACGAUAAAUCUACUAGACAGCUCGGAUGAGGAGGGCACAAAAAGCAAUAAUUCAUCGCAGAUGAGUCGUCGCAGUCGACGCUGUGCUAUGCCAACCGUAACAAGAACUUUGGUGAAGAUGCCAACUGCGACUGUGGGCAGGAAGCGAACGCUUUUGCCAGUAAACCAAGGAGCGAAAUCAACUAAGCCAAAACAAGCACUAAUCGGCGGAACUUUGUCAUCAAGUUGUCGCGCACUGCUCUCCAAUAGUGACUCGUCACAUGCGGCAUCAACAAGCACACAAAAAGCUGUCACGCUCUUCAAGCCCACUCCGCAAUCGAAUUUUUUGAACGCAGUUAAUUUAUUACCGGCUACCGCUACAUCGGGUGACAAUCCACUUGCCUUCUCAGCCAAAUUGUUAGAUAGAAAUAUCAUCAUACCCAAUGCAUUCUAUGCUAAUCGCCGCACAAGCGUCAAAGAUAAAAAGGCCGACACCGCUGAGCAGAGUACUUCAUCCUCGGCACCCGUAGAGAAACCGAGCACUACCACUAUACAGCAAAACUUAUUAGCUCAACACACAGUCAGUCCAGUAUACCGGGAAUGGUUGAAUGAAUUUAUCAACAAUUUCGCCGAUCCGCAACAGAUUGCUUCACAUACGUGCCUGGUGCUGCUGCAGAGUGCAUUGAAGUACAAGACUUUCGCACGGAUCAAAGAGCUGCGACUUGCGCUCAAUACCAAAGCUUACAGCAGCAACUGUACAACAGAUCCACACCUAGCGCGAGAGCUGAACAACAAUUUUUACCUCGGUGACUGCCGCCUGUCGACCGAAGCUCUGCGUUUUUGCUCUGAUGCUUGCACUCAAAUUGGUAAAAACGUGACCUUGAUGACGGAUGCACACACGGGUCGCAUAACAAUGCGCACGAACACUUACGACGAACUACACGCCAAAUAUGGAGCUGGCAAUGCCAACGGCGGCUGUAUUGGAAUAGAUGAUAAGAGAAAGCGCAAUAAAAAAGAUGAGGAGUACACGCCAGCCAAAUAUUACGAGAAAAAGGUAGAGGAGAGUACGGUAAAUCAGGGUGAACGCCGUAAAUCGCUGCGACAACAUCGUACACGUUGUUACGACGAAACCUAUUUGUACGAGCAAGAGGGAACGGAAGAAGAAAAACCGGCUAUUGUCGAACCAAAAGCAGGUCCGUCCAAGAGGCGGCAAGACGCACAAAUGAUUGCCUUAGUCCAGCGUAAGGCGGAAGAGAAGCGACUGGAGGCGAAACGACAAAGACAAAAACAAGUGAAGUCCUUUGAGAGUGCCUAUUUGGCAAUGUUUGCGAACACUAUUCGUAGUAAAAAUGUCAAAGCGUCGGUUACAGCAACGAAUAAAGACACACAGGCCACUACGUCGUCCAAUGCGCACAUAGUCAUUGACGACGAUGACGAAGACACCCUUGAGGAUGGUGAGCCACCCUCACAUCGCAUCUACAAAGUGGUGCCAACGCGGUUGCUUGCCGCACCGAAACGCUUAGCACCGACACCAGACUGCCCCAAUGACACUGACGAAAAUACGUCUAAGACGAAACGUGGUCGACCACGCAAGCAAGAACUGUGCAACGGCAAGGUAGACGCAAAAUCGAACGAGUGCGAAUUAAUCACCUGCGACAGCACGUCCGGCGACUCGACGAGCAUUGAUGAUGAGCUACUGUUCGCGCCAGAUCAAACUAUUCCCAAAAACACUAAUGCCAAUUGGCACGCGCUCAACGAUCGAUGUAGAAUUUGUAAUAAAAACGUGCCACGCAUCGUGCUGCACUAUGUCAGCAUGCAUCCCGACGCUGAAGUAUACAGUUCACGCCUACCUCGCGCGACCAUGGCGCGUUUACGCAGUCAAGGCGGACAAAUCUUAGAACUGCGUCCCUACAUGAAUGGCCAAGAGCAAUAUGCAGCUGAUUGUGUAUUCUGCAAUAAACAGUGUUGCUUCAAAAUACCUUACUGGUAUCAGCACUUAUCAAUGCAUACCGGUGAAUAUGCCUACCGUUGCAGCGGUUGCCAUAUACGUAAAGCAACGCGCUCAUCUAUGGUGGCGCACAUAAGUCAACCUUGUCGAAAGCGUGGUAAGCUACUCGAAGACUACGUCUACCGAACGCGCACCAAUGUAAUAGAAAUGCGCAUUUGCACACUCUGCAAUUUUAUGCAGCUGCAUCGGCGUAAUAUCUUGAAACAUUUGCGUACACAACAUGGUUUGAUGGAUAAUCUAGCAAAACAUGUGGACAAUGUUAUUUUACUGCGGAUGCCCCAGCCGCAAAUGUUGGAUAUACCAGUUCGGGAUGAGCAAGUGGAUUUGAACAGCGGGGAGGAUGAGAAGGGUAGUAACCAGGUGGCAAUGACUUUUAACUACGAUAAUUUUGAGAAUGCAGUUCAGCCAGGCAUGUGGGAUGCCGGCGAUCCAACGGAUGAUUUAUCCUUCAUGAUUUGUGGGAUGUUGGACGUGCAGUUGGGAAAUAUGGAGCAAUGAAAUUUUCCGAUUAUUCUAAAACUAAUUUUGAUUAAUGGAGUUUUUGUUAAGUUAGGUAUUUUUCUUUUUUCGUAUCUUUAAUUUUUAAGCCUACUAAAUUUUUCUUUUAAUGUUGAGAGCAGAAAUGUGGUACUUUAUGUUUACUUCAGGAAUUUAAGUUAGAUUUUUGUAUCUUUAAAUGAUAGCUUUAGAGAUUAUAAGAAAUAAAUAAAUAGUUAACUUUGAAAACAA